AUGUCUUUUGUUAACCUCUCUCGUCCCCCCCUCGAAGGCCACCGCUCUCACAGCGCACCCCAUGUACGACCCAAGUUCAAUUCGCAAAACACAUCCGAUCGCCUACGAGAAGGAUCCGGUCUACGCCCCUCACGCUUCGGAAUGGUCAGCAACAUAAAGAAAGGCAGGAAGUCAGUGUUUAAGGAGCUGGGGCUCGACGAUGAUAUCAGCGAUGACGAGUUGCCGGCUACACCGACAUCUCAACAUGGGCAUGAGCGGAAGACGUCGAUGGCAAGCGAGAAGGAAUUUGGACAUCCAGGGUCCCUAGCAUCGGAGCGCUACCAAACAUCAAAUGACGGAGACGGAGACGGAGACGGCGAUAGGGAUGGAGAUGGAGAUGGGGACACGGAUGAGAGACACACGAAGACAGGGCAUCGUGAACCUAACAGCCAGCCUCAGCGCCGGAGUUCAACAAUGCAGAUUGGGAAACAGUCGUGGUACUCCAAGCUGGCCACGGGCUACCGACGCCCAAGGGUCAAGACAGCUUCAAGCGCGCCACCUCCUACGGUCUCUAGCCUUCAGAGACUCGCUAUGAUUGCACUUAUGAUCGCGGUACUUCUUCCUGGGUUUAACUAUAACGGCGGUCGUCAGAAAGUUGGAAACGGUGCGGACGCGGGUGUAAUCCGGCCGCGGCAGGCCUCUUCUGUUGACGUUUGUCUGAGAUGGAGCCAACAAGUCGCUAUCUUGAAUGGCACAUUGUACAUUUAUGGAGGCCAAGCAAGAACUGAGGCCUCGCAGACAACAAACACUUGGAAUAACAACUUCCUUACCCUCGAUUUGACAAAGUCAUGGGACGGUGGAUCACCACCUUUCAACGGCAAGGGGAACCCUACUGGGCCACCCGCGGUGGCUAACGGAUACCUCUGGAACGAUUACAACUACCUUUAUCUCUACGGCGGCCAGUUCGCCGACAACGCUGGUGGUGAGGGCCAGUACGCCCCCCCUGAUCCUAUGUCCAUCUGGAGGUACUCCAUUAAAGAUAAUUCGUGGCUCGAAUUCAGAGACCCGAAAACAUCAGCAGGAAACUAUUCAACUGACAGUAAUAUCCCUGUCCAACGGUCUUCUGAAGGCGCCGGUCUCUCCGUACCUGAACUGGGCCUCAGUUGGUAUUUCGGUGGUCACUUGGAUCAGUCUACGACGCAAGGCUGGUCAAUCCACACGCCCAGAGUAUACCUCAAGAGUCUCCUGGAGUUCACCCACCCAGGGUUCAUGAACACCGGAGUCUACUCCCUUCAAGGUGCAGGCGCUGCCGACGGAGGUAUCUUUCGCAAUAUUACCGAGGGAGGUCUGCAAGAAUCCAAUGCGUUUCCGGAAAGAGCAGAUGGCGUGCUUGUCUUCGUCCCCGGAUGGGGUGAGAGGGGAGUCUUGAUUGGUAUGGCUGGUGGCUCUGCGGAUACUUUCGUCGACGAUCUGGGCACACUCGAUGUCUUUGACAUUGCGACGUCCGAGUGGUAUCACCAGAAGACAACCGGUGACAAGCCAACCGUUCGUGUCAACCCGUGUGCUACGAUUGCGAGUGCCCCAGAUGCUUCAAGCUUUCAAAUCUAUUUCUUCGGCGGUCAGAACCUUCAACCAUAUAAAAAUCAAACCCAGUACAACGACAUGUACAUUCUCACGAUUCCAUCGUUUACCUGGAUCAAAGUUGAUAAAGGCGACGGGGUCCCCUCCCCUCGAGCAGGCCACACGUGUACUAUGCGCGAUGGUCAAAUGAUAGUCGUUGGAGGCUACAUUGGUCAGGAACAAACGUGCGACAAUCCAGGGGUCUAUGUCUUCGACGCCAGCAGACUUGAGUGGACCACCGGCUUCAAGGCCGGAGACCAUCCGGCAGAUUUGAGCCCUGACAACUCUGUUCUUGCGGGCUCGUAUGGCUACAAAGUACCUGGCAAAGUUCAAAGCGUUAUCGGAGGCAGCUCCGAAGGGGGUGCGACCGCGACAACCCCCGCCGCCGGCCCCGCUACGGGCGGUCCCUUCGCUACUGGCAAACCUCCGGUUUUCACAAUCACCCAAGACGGCUCGACGGCCACUAUUACGGCCUUCGGCCCCACCAGCACCUCCACAUCUGGCGAAACUUCAAAAGAUGACAACGGUCCCAACCCCGGCCUCAUCGCAGCAGGCGUUAUUGCAGGCCUCUUGGGUCUGCUCGCCCUCUACCUAGGCUUCUGCGCCUGGCUAUAUCGACGCCAGGUUGCCGCCUACAAACAACAUCUUUCACAGGUGAACCGCUACUCGGGCGCAAGCUCAAUGCACUUUGGGGGAGCUGCAGGUCUCUUGGGCGUCAACCAAAACGAGAAGCGCAGCCACCGUCGGGACAACAGUACCGUUAGCGACGAGUCCUUCUCCUGGGUCGGCACAGGCGUGGAGCCCAAGUGGAUGAUGGAUGAGCCGACACCUGGGUCUGGGUCUGCUGGAACCGGCACAGCUAGCGGAAGUGGAAGCGCACCAAAACGGAGAAGUGAAGAUGUGAGGAGCGGGAGGGACCCGCGCACAAGCUCGAGUAGGCAUGCGAACACUGACAACGAGAGCAUAUCGAGCACGGAGCAAUUGCUUGAGGGCCAAGAACCGAGUUUCUUCUCGGUUGUCAUAGGACCCAGGCGUGCUUUGAGGGUCGUCAACGGCACGGAAUCACCCUAA